GAAGUUAUCUACAUCUCGUUGGUAUAUAAGGUUUAGGUAUUUAAAAACUGGGUUUUCUUCAUAAUCAAGCGGUUUUGAAAACAGCGAUGACCAAAAUGAUUUAUAUAAUUUUCUUCAUUCAACUCAUUUGUUUGAGCAGAGGUAACCAAAUCGAAAUUGAUCCAUGUACUGUUGUUCUGUGUGGACCUAAUCGAACAUGCAACUCUUAUAGAGAACUAUGCUCUAACCCUAGAUGCCCGUUGAUUCCUAGGUGUGAGUGUAUAGGGGACUGUUCUUAUGGGGUUAAUACAGACUGCAGCUGCAAACCAGGUCCUUGCGUAGGUGUUGAAUGUCCGGAUGGUCUAACAUGUAUACCUGAUACAUUGCAUUGCUACCCUCCCCCAUGCCCCAGUACUUACAGAUGCGGGAUUUUGGGAAGAUCGAUACUAAAUUAGAACUACUACGAUAUAUUGUUACUAUUAGGAAAGUUUUUGUGUUACAAAUAAGGACGUGGGUAAUCAGGUAAUCCGUUUCAAUAAUUAAAUAACUGACUUAUUUGA